AUGGUUUGGUCUAUCGGUAAGCCGCGGUAUGCGCACCUUGUCACAUGGUUGGCCAAGCAGCCCGAAUUUGAAGCCCUGAGUCAGACUCCCCGGCCGAGCCUGCCAGUGGCUAAGCCGGUUGGUAUUACGAACUCGAACGGUGCUCCUUUGAUCGAAAUCGCGGACGUAAGCAGCGGCGGAAAGCUGCUGUACAGACUGGACUUCGCGGCGGAGACCGCAAAGGUUGCUCCGGAGAAGAUCUCGGAGGUUGCUUCGGAUGGUGUUAAGAGAAUUCGGACCCUGCCAAAAGGGGUAGGCAAGGCGCUGGACAACGGAACAGUGACCGUGGUGAUUGACUGGGAAACAGUUGAGGAGGAUGAGAAGGAGGUACAGGAAGGUGUCAGUACCCCGAUACAGGUCUGGGCAGCCAAGCUCGAUGAGGCUCGGGCCGGAUGUGCGUUUAAUUGGAUGCUCUGGAACGAGAUGAAGGCCACCGAUGGGACUGAUACGGACGGCGGCCUCCGUCGUAUGUGGUGCGAAACAUAUUUGGCCAACCUAAGGGCGUCAGAAGAAUCCCUGAAGAUGCUGGCACUCCACAUACGGCAGCAAGAGAAAUUACCCCGCCACAAACGCGAAGAACGACCCGAAGAGUACGAGUACGACCUCGAAAUGCUUUACACACUGGUUGGCAACUUCCGGGACCUGUUCUACGGUGUUAUACCCGUCCGUGAGUGGGCCAAGAUCAGGAAGCAGGACCACAAGCAAUUGGCGAGUCUGGAAAACGCCAUCAGGCCCGCUCUCGCACAACGCCACUAG